AUGUCAUGCAGCUGGAAUAGGAAUCGGCGAAUAGGUAAUGGUUACAUGUGUUGUGGAGGUGCAAUUUUUCUGGGUCCGGAUUACGUUUUUAUGCUAGCAACCGCACUUGUGAUAAUUCUCUGUUCUAUUCUCUUCCUGAUAUUCACAAAUGUAUUGGCUGCAAAGAUAGUCUGUGGUUUUGCCGCCAUUACGACGCUUGGGCUUAUGUGGCACUGCUCAACAAUGGAUCCCGGCAUUUGUCCAAAGGCAUCGCCACCACCGGAGAAUGCCCCACCGCACGAACCACUGAUGGAGUCCGUCACUUAUGUGGAUAGGAAUGGACAGCUGCAGGAUGCGGUGUUGGAGCGGAGAUGGUGUUAUGUUUGUAAUCACUAUAGACCAUUGCGUGCUGUACAUUGUCGUUUCUGUGAUGUCUGCAUUGCCCGGCGUGAUCAUCAUUGCCCGUGGGUGGGUACAUGCGUUGGGGAACGCAACUAUCGAUUCUACUGGGCUUUUUUGUGGUCAACUCUGUGGCUUACUCUCACCGUGAUGAUUGGUGGUAUGGUGGGGAUCAUUCGAAGGUUAGGUUCCAUCACAAGUAAUUCUUCAGAUGGAGGUAAAAAUGCCUUUUUUUCAGUCCUUGCAGAAACACAUUUUAUAGAACCGUUACUGGUGCUGAUUGCGUUUAUUGCCUUUUUACUUGUAGCACCUUUAGCUGCCUAUCAUACAAUGCUGGUUGCGCGAAAUAUGACUACCAUGGAGGAAAUGCGGGGAGGUCCCAAUCAUGUGCACUAUUACAACAGAGGUGGAUGCUGGGAAAAUAGUAAGGCAACCUUGUUUUCAUCGAUUCCACCGUCAAUGUUUCUGAACGAGAGGGGAUUUUUCGCUCCUUCUGUUGAAGUUGUUGUGCAGAAUGAAGAGAGAGAGAAUGGGUAG